GCUUUAUUGCCUCCGUCACCUUGAAGUUACUUACAAACUAGCUAUCACCAGAUAUCUUCCACUAUGAUGGACGACACUACCAUCCUCCCACUCACGUUCUUCCCUGCUUUUUGAUUUGCUUUUAUGAUUUUGUUUCUGGCAGGACUUAAAUGGUUACUCCUGGAGCAUUUUGAUAAUGUGACUAUUAGAAUGCAGUCAUGUCUGCCCUCUGUCCACCACCAUCUCCUGCUGUUGCCAAGACAGAGAUUGCUUUAAAUGGAUAUUCACCAUUAUUAGCAGCUACUUUUGCAUACUGGGAUAAUAUUCUUGGCCCCAGAGUAAGGCAUAUCUGGGCUCCAAAAACUGAACAGCUGCUUCUCAGCGAUGGCGAAAUCACUUUUCUUGCUAACCACACUCUAAAUGGGGAAAUCCUUCGGAAUGCAGAGAGUGGAGCCAUAGAUGUGAAAUUUUUUGUUUUAUCUGAAAAAGGAGUGAUUAUUGUUUCAUUGAUUUUUGAUGGAAACUGGAAUGGUGACAGGAGUACGUAUGGAUUGUCAAUUAUACUUCCCCAGGCUGAACUCAGUUUCUACCUCCCCCUACACAGAGUGUGUGUUGAUAGAUUAACACACAUCAUCAGGAAAGGAAGGAUCUGGAUGCAUAAGGAGAGACAAGAAAAUGUCCAAAAGAUUGUCCUGGAAGGCACAGAAAGAAUGGAAGAUCAGGGUCAGAGUAUCAUUCCAAUGCUCACUGGAGAAGUUAUUCCUGUAAUGGAACUCCUUUCAUCUAUGAAAUCACAUAGUGUUCCUGCAGAAGUAGAUAUAAGGGAUACGGUACUUAGUGAUGACGACAUUGGAGAUAGUUGCCAUGAAGGUUUCCUUCUCAAUGCCAUCAGUUCACACCUGCAGACAUGUGGCUGUUCUGUAAUUGUAGGUAGCAGUGCAGAAAAAGUGAAUAAGAUUGUGAAAACACUGUGCCUUUUUCUGACUCCUUCAGAACGGAAAUGCUCCAGGCUUUGUAAAACUGAAUCUUCAUUUAAAUAUGAGUCAGGGCUCUUUGUACAAGGUUUGCUCAAGGAUUCAACUGGAAGCUUUGUGUUGCCAUUCCGUCAAGUAAUGUAUGCUCCGUAUCCCACUACACACAUAGAUGUGGAUGUCAAUACAGUGAAGCAGAUGCCUCCGUGUCACGAACAUAUCUAUAACCAGCGUCGAUACAUGAGGUCCGAACUGACAGCGUUUUGGAGAGCCACUUCAGAUGAAGAGAUGGCCCAAGAUGCUAUUAUCUACACAGAUGAAAGCUUCACUCCUGAUUUGAAUAUUUUUCAGGAUGUCCUACACAGAGAUACGUUGGUAAAAGCUUUCUUGGAUCAGGUCUUUCACCUGAAACCGGGAAUGUCUUUGCGUAGUACUUACCUUGCACAGUUUCUGCUUGUCCUUCAUCGCAAAGCUUUGACGCUAAUAAAAUAUAUAGAAGAUGACACGCAGAAAGGGAAAAGGCCUUUUAAAUCUCUUCGUAACUUGAAGAUCGACCUGAAUUUAACAGCAGAGGGCGAUCUCAACAUAAUAAUGGCUCUAGCUGAAAAAAUCAAACCUGGCCUACACUCAUUUAUCUUUGGAAGACCGUUCUACACAAGUGUGCAAGAACGAGAUGUACUGAUGUCAUUUUGAAAGCACAUUAAGUGUAUCUUGUUGCAGUCGUGCAUGUGGCUCAAAGAAACUUAGUGGUUUGAAGUCUAUCAUUACUAUCGGUCAUAUUCCCUGUGUUAUGCUCAGUAAAUGCAUCUAAAUAACUACACUACAAUCCACAUGGGUCAUAGAGAAUAUCUCAUCAUUGUAGAGAGAAAGCCCUUUCUCAUAAUCGUGCACUUUCUCUAAAGAAUAAUACUUUGUGUCCAUUUUCAAUUGUUAUAAUAUUGCUGAUUUUUUUUGUAAAAAGGACAAUAUGAUAAAAAUGAACCACAGUUGCAGCUUUCAAAAUAUUCAAGGAAGUUUAUUCAUUGGACCAAUUAAAAAAUAUUAAGCAAUCAGUCAAUGGUAUUUGAGUGCUUAUUGUGUGCAGAGCUAUACCAAGCACUUACGAAAAUGCAUUAGGGUAGGUAGACAUGAUCCCUGUCCUCAAGGAGCAUACAAUCUAGUGGGGGAGACAGACAUUAACAUAAAUUGCAAGUGGGAGGGAGUUCCUCCUCUCAGGAUAGCACCUAGAAAGCUUCCCGUACUCUACCAGUCUCAGCUACGGGAGGGAGAGUCAAGCAGAGGCCUACCCAUUCCAUUCCUAGCUUGGU